GUUACAGCCUCGUUUUGGUCUUCCAGCCGUCCUCAGGCAGGCUAAAGCUCCAAUGAUAGAUGACCAAAACAUGGUUUGUAACAAAGCGGAUGCGUCGCUCACCUGAUGCCAGGUGCCAGGGGUUUGAAUCCACCCUGUGGCUUUGCUGUAUGGAGUCAAACUUGGCCGUCAUAAAAACUUAAACUUUGAACCACAAGAAGUUUUUAGAGAAUCUGUGACUAAAGUCGAAGAGAAUUCUAAAAUUACAUUGCAAAAGCGUUCUCAUUUUGAACAUGGUCACUUGGACAUUAAUAGUGGACACCGAGAAGACCAUAAAAACUGGACUCUUCUUGAUGUGGUUUCGCUCAGUGGGAACCUUUGCCUUGUCUGGCACUUGCAGCGCCACCUCUUGCAUGAACUGACCUCUGACAGGUUGCACAGAGCUGUGAUUACAUCGUCCAACCUCAACAACCUUUCCCAGCUGACCCUGACUCUGACCUUAACAGAGACGUAUGUGUGCGACAUUCUUUGAGCUUGUUGUUCUCUAAAUAAGUCUCACUUAGUUCUGUCAGAGAAAGUUUGAAGACUACUUCCCACUCGUCCUGCUUUCUGUGUGUUUCUCCAUAAAACAAUGGAGCUGAGCUUCAGCGGUGUUUCCAAAUGAUUCACAUAUUUUACAUGUUCCAUGAACUUAACUCGCUUCUUAAGAAAAUGCUCCGCCCCACUCAACAAAAUCCUUCUUUUUUUUUCUCUUUUUUUUGCAACAUUCCCCAUUUUGCAGCGGGGGCUGCACCUUCUUCUCUCCAGGAGCUGAGGCUUUUGAACAAGAAAACAUGAUGGAGGUGUAUUUACUUUCAGUCAUUUUAGCGACUAUCCUCGUUAUACCAUUCACCCUCAAAACUUUCUACCCGUAUGUCUGGAUGGAUAUUCUGUAUUUCAGGGAUCUACUGCGGAUUUUAGUGAGGUUCGUGUCGAGGCGAAGAAGGAGACCCCUCUUCUUUGUUUUGGAUCGUUUCUUGGAGCAGAGCGCAGCGCAUCCGGACAAGCUGUUCAUUGUGUUUGAACAUGAAGCUUACUCUUAUUCUUACACUGACAAACGGAGCGAUAAAACAGCCAACGCGCUCCAGGCUCAGUCUGGGUACCAAGCUGGGGACACCGUGGCGCUUUUCAUGGGGAAUGAACCCGCCUUCAUGUUCACCUGGCUGGCCUUGGCUAAGUUGGGCUCGCCUGUGGCUCUCCUCAAUCACAACAUCCGCUCCAAGUCUCUGCUGCACUGCUUCAACUGCUGCAAGGCCAAAGUGUUGAUAGCUGCGUCAGAGCUAAAGGAAGCAGUGGAGGACGUGCUGCCUUCACUGCUGGAGCAGGGCGUCACCGUCCUCCUGAUGACCAAACACUGUAACACACCUGGAAUGGAGAGCUUCUCUGAUAAAGUGGACGAGGCAUCAGACUCCCCGCCCCCUCGAUCCCUCAGAUCACACGUCACAUUCAAAAGUCCUGCGGUUUAUAUUUACACCUCUGGGACCACAGGUCUCCCAAAGGCAGCUGUGGUCAAUCAGAACCGCCUCCUAACAGCACUGGCUAUUUUAUCAUCGAACGGCGUCACGUCCAGUGAUGUCAUCUACGUCAACCUGCCUCUGUACCACACAGCUGGAUUUCUUAUAGGAUUUAUUGGCGCCAUCGAGACAGGGUCAACUAUCAUCCUGAAGAGGAAGUUCUCUGCCUCUCAGUUUUGGGAUGACUGCAGGAAAAACAGUGUGACUGUCAUCCAGUACAUAGGAGAAGUGAUGCGUUACCUCUGUAGUACACCGAAGAGAGAAAAUGACAAGGAGCAUAAAGUCCGACUGGCCAUCGGGAACGGUGUGAGGGCUGAGAUCUGGAGAGAGUUCGUCAGUCGCUUUGGGAACAUUCAGAUCAAAGAGUUUUACGCCUCCACUGAGGGAAAUGUGGGAUUUGUCAACUAUGCAGGAAAAAUUGGAGCUGUCGGACGAGUCAACUUCUUACAUCGGAAGCUGUUUCCCUACACGCUCAUUCAGUAUGACACAGAGCGCGAUGAACCUGUUCGAGAUGCCAGCGGCCUCUGUGUGGAGUCGCCCACAGGUGAGACAGGACUGCUGGUGUCGAAGAUCACAGACAUCGCUCCUUUUGUCGGCUACGCCCAGAAUGAAGAACAAACCGAGAGGAAAAGACUUCGCAAUGUUCUCAAGAAAGGAGAUCUUUACUUCAACAGCGGGGACCUGAUGAAGAUCGAUAAAGACAAUUUCAUUUACUUCCAGGAUCGUGUAGGUGACACAUUCAGGUGGAAAGGUGAGAAUGUGGCCACAACUGAGGUGUCUGACAUCCUGACGAUCAGCGACUGUCUGAAAGAAGCCAAUGUUUACGGAGUCCAGGUGCCAGGUCAUGAGGGCCGGAUUGGGAUGGCAGCUGUCACUGUGAUGGAAGGUGCCCAGUUUGAUGGAAGUAAAAUAUAUGAGCAUGUGGUCAGCUACCUGCCCUCAUACGCCCGACCUCGCUUUAUCAGGAUACAGAAUGCUGUGGAGGUGACGGGCACUUUCAAGCAAAUGAAGGUGAAGUUAGUAGAGGAGAGUUUUGAUCCAGGAUGUAUCCAGGACCCUCUUUACAUCCUCGAUGAUAAGGAGAGGAGUUACAUCCCACUGACAGCUCAGGUCUACAGCGGCAUCUCAUCAGGAAACAUCAAACUCUGAGGAGGCUCUGUGCACGCUGCAUUGGUACUUUUAAUAAUGGACCUCCAGUGACUCAGUGAAUUAACAAAUAUGUUUUACUUACACUGAUAACAUUUGUGUUUUGUAAAGUAAUAUGCAGACAUAAAUGCAUUUCUUCAAAUAUGGGAAUCAGAAGUUAAGGAUUCAUAUCAGGGGCCAGGGAAUGGGGAGUUUAUCAUAUAGAUGAUACUUUUAAUGGCAAGUAAUUUUAUUUAAAUAGUAUAUUUACUGACAUCAUUCCAGUAAGAGAACUGCUGCUUUCACUUUAUUCAGUCUUAUUUUGGCAUUGAAAACAUCUUACAGAAUACUUUGCCUGUAGAAAAGAUGAGUAGCAUGUGAAAAGUAAAAAAAUAUGUAGAGCCGCGCAUAACAUCAAUUUUAUAUGGGUAUAUGAGGCAGUAUCUGUAAAUAUAAAAUGCUAUUCUAAAAAUUGAACUGAUUCUGAAGUGAGUUUUUAUGUGUAUGUCAGAUUUUAAGACUAAUUUCAAGUGUGACAGACCACAAGAUGGAGACAAAUGCACAUGUUACCAGAGUUACCAGAGUCCUCAUCGAGCUGGGAACACUCACCGGCCACUUCAGUAGAUUUACUUCCAGAUCGGACGUGGUCUGAUACAACAGCUCUGCCUUACAUUCUGCCUUUAUUUUGUUGUUAUGGUUGUAGUUUGGAAUGCUGUUAAACUGGACUGUAUUAUAUUGAGAGGUGUAUCAGAUAUUUUGGCCAGCUGAGUCAACACAUGGCUGUGGUGUCAACAUGGACCUGCCUCCUCUUCCUCUGCCUCCUCCUCUGACUAUGGUCAUGACCAUGAGUAACCUUAAAUGCUGUUCUGCUGAACACACAGUAUACAAGCCUUGUUAUAUUUACCUUUUAAUAAAAAAAUAUUAUGCUGUCAA